GAGCUAAAUUCAAGAGAUCGUAUAUACCUUUCCCUUUUAGAUUCUAAUUUUUGUGUUAUUAACAUGGCAACGGAGAUUUUGCGGCCUCAGGAUUGUUUAAUUGAACGGAUCAGGGUUCCUCCGGCGUCGUUUUCGCGGCGGAGAAAUUACCCCAACAACUACAGUAACUAUCAUAAUAGUAAUAAUUUUAGCAAUCAGCAUGCGGCGGCAUCAAGAUCCAGCUCCCGGAAGCCCGUUACCCGACCCGAUCAGAGGAAACGGGCUGUAGUUGCCAGUUCACCCCCUCUAGUUGCAGAGGCCGCCGCGCUGCCAUUAAGGAGACCUAGCAGCGCUGACGAUUCUAGGUUGUCCAGGAGUAGCGGUUUGGCGGUCGAUAAGGUGACGAUUCUCCGGAGGGGGCAGUCGCUGGAUUCGACGACGGCGCCCGCCGUGAAUAGCGACAUGUAUGCUGGAUCAGCGUUCGCGGUGUCUCCGUCGCCUAGCGCGCUCCCUCUUCCUUCUUUUCAGACGAAGAAGCAGCCCUCUCCGGCGGUGGAUGACUCCGCAACCAGAGAUCUGAGGCGUCUGCUCCGGCUCGAGUAAGAUUCGGGUCGGGUUGUCUGGGUUCGGGUCUAGUUGGUUCUUGACCCUUAUUUCCCUCUUCACCAACAUCUAGAAUCUUCUUCUCCUUUCUCUUCAUUUCUCCGUUACCGUCACUACCGUUACGGGUAGGUCCUUACCAGUUUGAAUUCCCGUCUCGACCGUGAUUUUUUUAAACGGAAGGAUGGGUCUGAAAUUGGGGGCGGAAUACGUUUGAAGAAGUUUGGAUUUAGUGUAAGAGCCGUGUGACACGUUUGUUUGCUGAUGGCUUAAAUAAGAAUUAGGUUCUAAUUUCAGUUUAGAAUUGGUGGAAAAAAAUUUGAAAAAAAAAAAAAUGAAGGAAGGAAGAACCGAAGAAGCUAUACAAGUUGAGGGAGUAACUAAGGGGGUUGUUCUUGUAAAAAUCCGGAAAGUGUUGUGGUUUGGUGGAUGUUGGAUGUGAAAGUGAAUGGUUUUCUAGCUCAUUGUACCCUUUUUGUAAAGUAUAAAUGUUAAAACUUUAGGGAGGUUUGAGCAAA